AUUAAUCCCCGAACAAGCAUCAGUACAGUAUUCACUCGGUCUUCUUCUAUAUUCUGUACUCCUGCUUCAUCUUCGGAUCUACAACCUUCAUCAGAUCCUCCAAAAUGCUGACUGCAGGUAGCCAUGACAAGUCUCUCCAAUUCAAACAAAACGACAAGUUUUUUUCCCGUAUUAUGUCCAAAGAAACCUCCAUGGCCAACUCAUCUUCCAGGGUUUACUACGGCCGCGCCUCCGGUUCUGUGCCAUUCAUGUGGGAGUCUCGCCCCGGCACUCCCAAACAUCAGUGCAGAGACACCGCUCUCCCGCCGCUCACUCCUCCGCCUUCUUAUCUGUCAAAGCCUAGCUCAAAUUCAAAAAAUCUUCACAAAAAUACCCACAAGCCAAAGCUUUUGAACGCAAUCUUCCCCUCGAGGUUCACCAAGAAGAAUUGCCACGUGUCACCUAAUUCAUUUUCUUCUUGGUCGUGCGCUUCAUCGUCUUCGUCUUCCUCUUCUUCCUCGUGGUCGUCUUCAAGAUCAAUCAGCUCCAAGUUUCAGAAAAGAUGCUUGUCAUCUUCGUCAAGAACACGUGUACAUUAUAACAUGGAAGACGAAGAGGAUCAUCAAGCUUCAGGUCAUGGCCGUGGACCCCCUACUUGUACAUUGUGUUUUGGUGGUGCUAAAGCUAAGAGUUUUAAUGGCGGUCGAGGGUUCCUCUCUGUGGUGAAUAUGAAGAAUACUUUCUUCUCCAUUGUAGGCACCCAUGGAUCAAAUCAUCAAGGUACCGCUUGAUUAAUUAGACAGAGAUCAUAUGAAAAAAAGUAUUAAUUGUAUUAAAUAAUUUUCUUUUUGGUAUGAACUAGAAUAGAAAACUUCAACUCAAAUUUUAUGAUAAUUUUUUAAAUGUACGUUUGCCUGACACUUCCGUAAUAUUAGAGAAAAUUGUUAAACCAA